AUGACCAUGGACGAGCAGAACUCCCUCUGCGCGGCGCCGUUCGGCGACCCGGCGUUCAACGCCACCAUCCGGCGCCGCGGCGUGCGCCUGGACGACGUCGCGUGCCUGCCCAUCUCCCCCGGCUGGUACGGCCCCGCCGAGGACGGCGGCCGCCGGCUCAUCAAGAGCCAGUGCUACUCCACCGAGGGCACCGCCAACUUCUACAUGCGCCCCAUCGAAGGCCUCACCGUGCUCGUCGACAUGGACACCGGGAAGGUGGUCCACAUCUCCGACCGCGGCGCCGGCAUCCCCAUCCCGGCCGCCAAGAACACCGACUACCGCGGCGCCGCCAACGACGACGACGACGGCACCGAUAGAUUCGGGUACCAGACGGUGCGGGCGCCGUCGAUGGAGCCAGCGCCGGAGGGCCCAGGAUUCCAGAUUGAGGACGGGCACACGGUGCGGUGGGCCGGGUGGGAGUUCCACCUCAAGGCGGACGCGCGCGCCGGGCUGGUCGUGUCCGGCGCGACGGUGCAGGACCCGGCCACCGGGGCGCGGAGGGAGGUGAUGUACAAGGGCAUGGCGUCGGAGCUGUUCGUGCCCUACAUGGACCCGACGGAGGCGUGGUACUUCAAGACGUACAUGGACGCCGGCGAGUACGGGUUCGGCCUGCAGGCCAUGCCGCUGGUGCCGCUCAACGACUGCCCGCGGCACGCGCGGUACAUGGACGGCGUCUUCGUCGCCGCCGACGGCCGGCCGUACGUGCGGGAGAACAUGAUCUGCGUCUUCGAGCGGUACGCCGGCGACAUCGCGUGGCGGCACUCCGAGAGCCCCAUCACCGGCAUGGACAUAAGGGAGUCCCGGCCGAAGGUGACGCUGGUGGCGCGCAUGGCGGCGUCGGUGGCCAACUACGACUACAUCGUCGACUGGGAGUUCCAGACCGACGGCCUCAUCCGCAUCAAGGUCGGGCUCAGCGUGAUCCUGAUGGUGAAGGGCACGCCCUACUCCCACAUGAACCAGGUCCGGCAAAAUGAGGAGAUGCACGGCACCCUCCUCUCCGAGAAUGUCAUCGGCGUCAUCCACGACCACUAUGUCACCUUCCGCCUUGACAUGGACAUUGACGGCGCCGACAACUCCUUCGUCCGCGUCGAGAUGGCCCGCCAGGACACCGCGCCCGGGGAGUCACCCCGGAGGAGCUACCUCAAGGCCACGCGCCACAUCGCGAGCACAGAGAAGGACGCUCGGGUCCGGCUAAAGCUCUACGAGCCGGCCGAGUUCCACGUCAUCAACCCGACAAAGAAGACACAUGUCGGGAACCCGGUGGGCUACAAGGUCGUCCCUGCAGGCACUGCGGGUAGCCUGCUGGACCCCGAGGACCCUCCGCAGAAGAGGGGUGCAUUCACAAACAACCAGAUUUGGGUCACGCCCUACAACAAGAGUGAAGAGUGGGCCGGUGGGCUGUUCGUGUACGAGAGCAAAGGCGAGGACACGCUGGCUACUUGGUCGGAGAGGGACCGUCCGAUCGAGAACAAGGACCUGGUGCUGUGGUACACGCUGGGGUUCCACCACAUCCCUUGUCAGGAGGACUUCCCCAUCAUGCCCACUGUGUCGUCCAGCUUCGACCUCAAGCCGGUCAACUUCUUCGAGAGCAACCGCAUCCUCAAGCAGCGGCCCACCAUGGAAAAGGACCUCCCCGUCUGUGCCGCUACCGCCUGA